GCGCAUUCCCGCCAAAAAUUCUAAGCAGAAAGAAACCAUGUCGAGUCGUGAGGCGAGCAAGAAAGCGGCCAAGGAGCUGCUGGCGCUCUGCACUAAGGAGGGCGUCAAGAUCCCGACGGUACGUGUGACAGCUAACCUACUGUCCACGUGUUUACAGCUCUCCUUUUAAUAUUGGUUCCCAAUUGCACAGGACCCAGUGAAUGCUGCCGUCGAAGCUGGCACGAUGCUCAACGCCACGCGCGAGAAUGGCGAGUUCCAAUUGGACGCAGCGCUGAAGGAGAUGAUCAAGAAGUUUGGCGUAAAAGAAUCGGCAUCUCCCAAGAAGAAGGGAAAGACGGAUGUUAAGACAGAGAAGAAGACUGGUCGUAAGCGUAAGAGCGCCGAAGUCAAGGACGAAGAUGGUGACGACGCCGAUGAGGACGAGAAGAAGACCAAGAAACCCCGUAAGAAGGCCGAGGCUACGUGCGAGGACAACCAGGCUUUGGCCGACGCCUUUGCUGAGCUCUCGGGCUUCGAGUUCAAGCGCGGCGAGAAGUUCAAAGGCGGCACGUGGUCCAAGGUGGCCAAGGCCAUCCGAGACUGCGAGACGAAGCUCACAUGCGGCAAAGACGCGCUUAAACUCAAGGGUGUAGGUAAAUCAUCUGCCGCUAAGAUCGACGAGUUCCUCGAGACGGGUACUCUGGAGAAGCUCGAGGAGUAUCGCGCCGGUAACAUGUAACAACCUCGUCAAUCAUUUUCUAAUAGUUGAAGUGCGUACUUAAUGCACAAAGUCGAAAUGCGGGGGUACGCCGAAGCGUAACCUGGAUGGCUUCAGUGCUCUUA